AUGAAAUAAUCUUUUCUCGGAGAAAAGCAUUUAAUAAAGCUUUGUGUCUUGAGCCCCAAAUACACUAAAGACUUUAUCGCCUAAUUGCAUUCGCAACAUUCUAUUGCUGUUUAGAACCCAGAGAACAAAAAUGAAUUAAAUAAGGAAACAAUGAAGCAGUUUUACAAAGUUUGGAGCGGUUUAACUAAAUAUCUCAAAAGCUAAUGUGAUAAAAGUAGAUGUGUGGAUUUCCCUUUAGUUGGUAGAUUCCUUAAAAAGAACAUAAAUGAUAGGGAAAUCACAAUAUUUGUGCCUCACAUUGACUUCGUUGAGUCAGGAAGAUUCAAGUUUCUUGAAAAUGAUAGCAAUGUCUCCCCUCUGAAUAAAUAAGUUUAGAUUGAAGUUUCAAGAUAGUCUAAGGAGAUAAAACUAGACCUCAAAAUUGGCUUUUUGCAUUCAUUUCCUAAUGGUGACCUAUAGUUUGAAAACUAUGAUUAACCUGAAAAUUAUGAAAAUGAGAGAUUUGAGCCUAGAUAACUACAACAAGGUUAGAAUGACAAUCCCUACGAAACCUAUUCUAUAUUGCAAUCAAACGCUUCUAAAUCUAUUGCAGGAUACAGUCAUUAGUUCUCAGUUAGAACUCCACAGACAUAUGGGGAAAAAUCAGUUUAUAGUAAGACUCACUCACAAAUGAAUAGAACCGUCAAUGAUUGGAGCAAGAAGAGAUGGAGUAAUGUAGUUAAAAAGAACUAGGAUGACAAUAAGACUGAAAUUUAUAGUAAAUUCUCAAAAGGAAGAUUAAAUAACAGCGAUUAUGACUUUGUGGCUGAGUAGAUGAAGAAAAAUGAAUUCAUUAGUAAUGAAACAUUCGAGGCGUUUAUGGCUAAGAAGAUGAAGACUAGACCUGGUAAGAGAAUUAAGUUUCCACAAACCACCUAAGCUGAAAAUUAAAAAGAACUACUAGAUCAGUAUCUAACCUAGAUAAGGGAUAAGGAAAGAAAGAAGUUAGAAGAUAGAAGAUAAAAGAUUGAUGAGGAAAAGUAAAAUCUGGAGCAGCUCACUUAGUAAAUCAUAAUUGAGAACUAAAAGAUGAAUAUAACCUCUCAAACUAAGAAAAUCAAGUUUAAAGAAGGCAUUGAGGAGGGUAAGCACGAGAAAAAUUAAGUCAAAUUAAUGGAAAGAGAGGCUAAGUUCAAUGAAAGUCCAACUUAUUUUUUCCCAUUUACACAUGGCGAUCAUAUUGAAAAGCAGAGAGAGCAUAUCAGACAAGAACUAAGGGAUGAUCUCUAAAAUGCCAUUAGAUCUAGCUCUAAUGUGGUUAAAGGCCAAUCUGGAGAUUAUACUGAAAGAGCAUACCAGAAUAGGGAUAGCACUCAGAGAUCAAACACACCAUCGUUGCUAAAUGCUACACAUAGAACAUAUUUUCAUCCUUAAGGAGAUAAAAAAUAAGAAGAAUUACGAUAGAGAUUUGUUUAAGAGCAACCUAACUUCAUUAAACCACAUGAUAUUCACAGAUCAAGAGUAGCGGAUGAGACGAAAGUUCAAGAUGCUUUAGUUAAUGCUAGAUAAAGAUUUGAAUAAGAACUUAUGUUAAAGAAGAAGUUUAACUAGGAUAACAUUGCUGAAGUUUAGAGACAAGUUGAAGAGAGUAACAGUUACUAUCACUAAAUGGAGUAGUAAAAGAAACAACAAAUGCUUGAGACAAGAAAAAUCUUGGAACAACAAAUGAAAGAAGAAUAGUAUAGGAAGUAUUUGCAAAAGAAUGAGAUUAAGAUCCCCACUAAUACCACAUAUGGCCCUUAAGAAACAGAAGAGAUUAGUCAGCUUUUGAGAGACAAGAAAUUGGUUGAAUAAGAAAAUAUGAGAAAAAUCUUAAUGGAACAAAUGAAAGGAAAGAGUGACAAUGUUCAUAUGUAAAAAUAAAUUGAAAGGGAGUUGGAGAAGAUAAAUCUUUAAAAGAUUUCUAAGCUUCUUGAGGAUCAAUAAAGUGUUGAAAAAAGUAAAGACAAAUCAAAUAAAAAUUAAUACAAGGAGGUAUGGCUUGAUCAAGCCAGUAUGGGGCAUAGACUAAAAGCCGAAGAAAAGGUGUUAUGA